GGGGACUAUACCAAAACCUCUCUCAGAGGCAUACCUCUGAAAAAUACAAGAAAACGAUAAAAUGGAUGACUAUGAAAGGGGCCUGACCCACAAAAAGAAAAAGAAAAAAAAAAAAAAAAAAAAAAAAAAACAUUCCUCUGAAAAGGACAAGACCAAAAAAGACAAAAGACAAAAGAAAAAAGACAAAAGACAAAAGACAAGAGAUGAAUGUGACUUUUUAAUAGCGCAAUGCAGGUAAUCCGAAUAAAUCAGCCAAAUAGCUUCUCCUAACAUCUGUGGGCAUAUACUCAACCCGAUCAAAAGUAAUAGUGUGGGUCGAUCCAAGACUUUGGUCAGCAAGUAAAUGUGCCGUCUCAUUCCCCUGUCUGAAAGUAUGAACAAAAGAUAAUUUUCUUUCCGCUGCCUUCCUCCUGAAAGCUUGAAACCUAGCUUGGUUUCCUGAUUUGGAGUCAGAUUCCGCAUCAUGCAAAAGUAUCUGAAUCGAACAGAGGGCAUCGGUCUCCACCUGGAUUUUACUGAAGCCUUCGUUCAUCACCAUCUCUGAGGCACGCAACAACGCAAUCAUCUCAGCCUCCUUGCUCGAUUUAGCCUGGAUAUGAAAGCACGCAGCCCAUACCAUUUCGCCUGAAGCAUUUCGGAGAAUAGCACCUCCCUUCGCCACACCAGAGGUUAAAGAGAAUUUCCCAUGAAUGCCAGGAUCCCAUUGCAGAACACCAUCCUUGAUUUUAUUGGUUGCAUUGGGUGGUGGAAUAGUUUCUUGAUUAAAUGUUUGUGGGCUCAACAACCUAUAUAAAUAGAAGGGGGUCCAAGCACAAUCCUCAUCCACAACAUCACAAAAAACAUCUUUGUGCUUGGUGAGUCAUUUGAAAAAAAUGGUAGGGAUGUGGUCUAUGAUUAGGCAGCUCGAUCAAACAAAAACAACAUGGGCCAUAAAGGCCCGGGCUACAAGGGUUUACCGAGAACCCGCACAUGAUGGUUUUCCACCUUCUAUGGAAGUCAUAUUCCAUGAUGAAGAGGGUUCUAAGAUUCACAGUCACAUCCCUGAUCAAUUCAUUGCAAAAUUUUUUGGGCUGUUCAGGGAAGGCCGUGUGUAUGCUAUAAAAAAUUUUAUGGUGGAAGAAAAUUUCAUGUUUUUCAAAACCACUACAAGCGCUUAUAGGCUACGCUUCUUCAAAAAGAGUGAGGCAUUUGAAAUCAAGGUUCCGUUUCCCUUGAAGACAUUUUCGUUGGUGUCCUUCGCUGCAUUGCAAGCGCAAGACACUAUCGACGACAGGGCAGCGAUUGAUAUCAUUGGACAAGUCGUUCAUGACAAGGAUCCCAAGACAAUUCUAAAAAACGAUCGGCCUAAAAAAUUGGUUGAGCUAAUCCUUGGAGAUACAGAGGGCAAUGUCAUUGGAUGCACUCUUUGGGGUCCUAUGGUUGAUAUGUUGUUGUCGUACAAACUAACUACGGGCGAACCCAUAGUCAUGUUGCUUCAAUGCUGCCGGGCUAAAAAAUACCAAGGGCAAGUGCAUGUAUCCAACAUGUUUAAUACAACCAAGGUUAUUCUUAACGGUGUGGAGGAUGAGUUCAACGAUUUUAAAACAAAAAUGGCUUCCAGAUGUGGGGAAGGUUUGAGCUUCACAAUUGCAUCUGAUACCUCAAAUGACGCUGACAUUAGUUCGGGUCAGAUUCAGUUGGUAACUAUUGAGCAACUCACUAAGAUGGAAGAGGAUGGAAAGCACUGGAUAUAUGGAGAGAUUGCUGGCAUUGAUAACCACAAAGAGUGGUCUUAUGUUUCGUGCAUUGGUUGUAACCGUAAAGUGACUCCCAAUGGCGACGGGUUUCAAUGCCUCUCUUGCAAUUCCUCAGACGCUGUUUUGAGGUACAAGGUCAACAUUCGAGUGGUCGAUACAACUUCGCACGCGUCCUUUCUGCUGUGGGACAGAGAGGUGUCGUGCUUGAUUGGGCGAUCUGCUACGUCAUUGAAAGAACAAGUAAAUAAGAGGAAUUUUGGACCCAAUUAUUUCCCUUCCGAGAUCAAUGCCUUGAUGGACAUCAAGGCCCUGUUCCGCGUUCAAUACAAACGUGACAGCAGAAAUUUCAAGGGUAAUCAGACCUACAGCGUUCUUAGAAUGAAUACUGACCCUAGAGUUAUCUCACUCUAUGUGACGGAGACCACAUCAACAGAGGAGGAGGAUGAUUUUUCUCUGUUGAAGAGGGAGUUUGGUGGUGGAGAAAGGGUUGUGUCUUCAGAGCAGGUAAAUUCGAACAGUCCAUUACUGGACAAGGAGCAAAGAAGUGCCCUGGAAGUUGAUACCGAGAGGAUCAAGAGGAAUCUGUUUGGGGAAUCAUCGUCAACCGAGGCAACUAAAAACGUGCCGCCAAAAAAGAUGAAGGGAAUCAAGAUCGAGGGAUCUAAAAAGUAAUGCUAUCCUAAGGAUUAGUAAUAAGUUUGGGGUUUGCGUUGGAUAUUAAUAAGUGUUUUGGGGAAGACCUUAAUAAAACCUGCAGGGUGGAGAAUGUUAUCAAGAAAGGAUAUGAUGCGAUACAUGUGGUCAACGUCUCCAAUGUUACCCUUUUUUUGUAUUUUGUUAGCUAUUAACACACUACCUAAAGUGUGAUAUUUAUAGCGCAGAUACCCCCUCCUAUGCUACUGUAUGAUGCAUAUCUAAG